CAUUUGCAUUACAAAGACAAGUGAAGAAAUGGACCUUCUAUUAACCAUGUGAUGACCUUCCUGCCAUGUCCACAGGCUUGUGCAUGUCAGUGUAUAGUAUAGAAAUUGCAUUUAAGACAGAAGGAAAGUGAUAGAAAAGGGGCAUUUGAUCCACAGAGAAACAGGUUCAGGUAAUUGCCUUUACUCCCCUCUUCCCCGCCCCCUCUUCUCAAGCUUCAUCUGUCUGUCCCUCAGCCCUAGGGAACGCUGUGGGCUGCGGACUCAGAGCUGGAAUGAAGAGUGAUUGAUCCAGGGCUGAGGUCAAGGUAGAUCUCUGCUCUCAAAUCAUUGCUGCAACCUCCCCUGCCCUCUCCCAGGCUCUUCAGCUGCUUCUCUUGGUGCAAAUCCCCUGCAAAGACACCGAAGCGGCGGCGGCUGAAGUUGCCGGGCGCAGGGCUCCGGAGGCAUUGGCUCAGGAACUUUUCACGUCAUUCCCGGCUCCUGAGCCCCUAGCCGCGGCGGCGCAGCCUUUCCCACCGCGGAUCCCCGGUGCUCAUGGGGCAGGCGGAGACGAGCUUGCAGCAGUGAGCCGAACCGGACCAGUCCGUGAUGUCCGGCACCAAACUGGAGGAUCCCCUCCCUCGUCGCAACUGGUCAUCUGCUUCGGAGCUGAAUGAAACUCAAGAGCCGUUUUUAAACCCCACGGACUAUGACGACGAGGAAUUCCUGCGGUACCUGUGGAGGGAGUAUCUGCACCCGAAAGAAUAUGAGUGGGUCCUGAUCGCCGGGUACAUCAUCGUGUUCGUUGUGGCUCUCAUCGGGAACGUCCUGGUCUGUGUGGCAGUCUGGAAAAACCACCACAUGAGGACAGUCACCAACUACUUCAUAGUCAACCUUUCCCUGGCAGAUGUGCUUGUGACCAUCACCUGCCUUCCGGCCACCCUCGUUGUCGAUAUCACUGAGACCUGGUUCUUUGGACAGUCCCUCUGUAAAGUCAUCCCUUAUUUACAGACUGUGUCAGUAUCUGUGUCUGUUCUUACAUUGAGCUGCAUUGCCUUGGACCGAUGGUAUGCCAUUUGUCACCCUUUGAUGUUCAAGAGCACAGCCAAGCGGGCUAGAAACAGCAUCGUCAUCAUCUGGAUUGUCUCCUGCAUCAUAAUGAUCCCUCAAGCCAUUGUCAUGGAGUGCAGCAGCAUGCUCCCUGGCUUGGCCAACAAAACCACCCUCUUUACAGUGUGUGAUGAGCGCUGGGGCGGUGAAGUUUACCCAAAGAUGUACCACAUCUGCUUCUUUCUGGUGACGUACAUGGCACCUCUGUGCCUUAUGGUGUUGGCUUAUCUGCAGAUAUUCCGUAAACUCUGGUGCAGACAGAUUCCGGGAACUUCUUCUGUGGUUCAGAGAAAAUGGAAGCAGCCUCAGCCGGUUUCUCAGCCCCGAGGGUCUGGACAGCAAAGCAAGGCCCGGAUUAGCGCUGUGGCCGCUGAGAUAAAGCAGAUCCGGGCCCGGAGGAAAACAGCCCGGAUGCUCAUGGUCGUUCUUCUGGUCUUCGCCAUCUGCUAUCUACCAAUCAGCAUCCUCAACGUGCUAAAGAGAGUAUUUGGGAUGUUCACGCACACUGAAGACAGAGAGACUGUCUAUGCUUGGUUCACAUUUUCUCAUUGGCUUGUCUAUGCUAAUAGUGCUGCGAACCCAAUCAUUUAUAAUUUUCUUAGUGGAAAAUUUCGAGAGGAAUUUAAAGCUGCCUUUUCUUGUUGUCUUGGGGUUCAUCAUCGCCAAGGAGAUCGCCUCGCGAGGGGACGCACCAGCACAGAGAGCAGGAAGUCCCUGACCACGCAGAUCAGCAACUUUGAUAACGUAUCAAAACUCUCAGAGCACGUGGUGCUCACCAGCAUAAGCACACUCCCAGCAGCCAACGGGGCAGGACCGCUUCAAAACUGGUACCUACAGCAGGGAGUGCCAUCUGCACUCCUGUCCGCCUGGCUGGAGGUCUGAGAGAAGAGGCUGAGCAUCCGUGUGGAAUCUCACCCAUGUCGUCUCAAAGAGAUAACGGUUUACAAAACAAGUGCCACUGUGUUCUUAGUGUGAUGUUAAAGAAGAUGGAUUUUAAGGCACUCAUGUGCUUCAUGAGUGACCUGGAUGACUUGUGUUUUUAUUAAAACUUACCAAUGUUACUGAUUUUUAUUUACUGAAGUUUCUGUUUUGUGGAAGCAGUUCGUUUCCAAGAACAACUAUUACCUGGAAGAAAACUGAUGCAUAAAACGGAUACAUAAGUGAAACUUGGGGAAGGAAUCAUGAAGCAUGUAUAUAUUUCUCAACAUUAGGGCCCACAGAUCCUGAGUGAUUUGGAUUAGUAUGGUGAACUUUAUAGGACAAAUGGUUAAAAAAAAAAAAAAGACCAAGGCCCCAAAACAUACCAAUGUUAUUGGGGUGCUUAACUACUUACCUCAUUGUGUGCUGACGACACAAAUGAGAAGAGUUUAGAGGAAAAGUUUGCUUUGGAACUGAGUUAUGCUGGACACUGGACAUUUAUCUGCCUUUAUUUCUCUGUAUUUCAAACCUUUAAUUGUGAGAUGUCAAUGUCAUUAGUUUUGUCACUAGUAAGGGUGGUGUAAUAAUUUUACCAAAUAUAUUUGAGAUUAAUAAUUUAUGGAUUUUUAUAAUAUCAUAAAAAAUUUGAUAUUUUGAGUUCAUUCAUUUGGGGCUAAAUAUUUUAUGUCAAAUUAAUUUGGUACUUGGGCAGGUGUCAGAAACCGUUACUUAUUUUUUUAUUCAUUAAUUUAUUUGUUUAUUCACGUUACAGCCUGAUAGUAGCUUGGGGCUAAAUAGUAACCCAAGUUUGUGAGGGAUAAACAGCAACAACAUAACAUCUAACUUUUCCACAAUGUGGAAUAACUAAGUAGCUAUAAACUAUUGAUAAGUUUAGUGUAAAAGUAUUAGGCACAGUAAUAUCCAAUUAUAUCCAAUUUCACCCUAGUGCACAUUGAUUCAGGAAGAAUGAGCAAAUAUGCUUAUAAGUGACAAUCUGAAUGUGUCUAGAGAUGUUAUUAAUCAUACCUGAAAUGAGGGCUAUUAGCACUUUGAUACAAAGUAAAAAUACCAGGUUUGUGCUAGCUGUGAAUCAAAACAGGAAUCAACUGCAUUUCAAAAAACAUGGCUAGUCCUUCCAAUUAGAAACCUUUUCAAUGGAACCUUCAUCAGAUACUCUCCUGCUUCUGUUCAUAUCACAAGCAAAAGCAAAAGCUCCAUUUGAUUAUUUUCAAAUAGUUUCACAUUGUUUGAAGCGAAAUAAUGGGACUUUUAGGGUCAUUCUAUAAGUAGGAGAGUAUGAAUUUACAAUCCAUUCUCUUACUUCCUACACAGAAGAUAACAACAUGAAAAGCACCGUUAGUUCUCAAAUUUCAAAGAUUUUUCUACACUCCUCUGCUUUGGAAAAGGGGGACAAAAAACUUCCCCCAGCUUGCCACGUAUUUCUAUUACUUUUUAAUUUUCUUUAUAGGCUUGGGAGUUAGAAAAUCGAGGCUUUUCAUGAACUGCGUUUUUGCUAUUGUACUCAUGUCUGUCAGUUGUUCAACAAUUAUGCACUUACAGUCCUUUAUGCCUGAUUGUACAGUGUCUUCAUGAAGAUCUUUUUUUAAUCAAAACAAUGUGAUUGUAUGUCUCCCAGUGUGAAGGUCGAAUUAUGUAAUUUUUAAGUAAAAUAUUUCUGAGAUGUUCAUAAUCGCAUCUGCAUUGUCCUGCUGUACUAUGUGAAAAAUUAUGUUGUUGUUCAAUACAUAAAUUGGAUAUUUGAUCAUAAUUAUUGUCAAAUCUUUGCAGUUAAGGAUUGAAUUAACCCAGGUGCAAUACUUGAUGACCAACAUGUUUUUCCAAUAAGUUUAUAUAACCAGGGAUAAUUAUGAUAUAAAAGAUUUUUAACAUUGUUUCCAAGAGGAGGUACUAAAAUAAAGGUUAAUAUUAAAUACACAAAUAUUUCAUAAAAGUUAUAUAAAACCACACACUUAUACAACUAAAAAUCAAAGCUUUUAUCUGAGUCAGAAUUUUCCUCUGCUUGUGACUUAGAAUGAGGACCUUCUUAGUUUUUAAAUUAUCAUAGUCUACAAAGGCAUGAGUUAGUUAUCUCUAAAAUAUUAAACUUCUAAGUUAUACCUUUAGUUGGCUCUUCUUUUAAUGAUCUGAUUCUCACGGACUUCAGAAUCUCAUGCAAAUGAUUUAAAUUCAUAAACCCCAUUCCUGUUCAGAACAUUUUAUUCUAACCUUCCUGAAAGCAUAAAGUAAUUGAUCAAGAAAAAACAUUUGACUCAUAAGGAGGUAUGAUUGAAGAUUAUUCAGCUUUCAUGGAGGCAAGAGCCAUUUUGCAAUGAAGUUCCAAGAAGGUUGUGGGAGUAAUCCUCAGUCAGACACUAGACACCAGCUCUGAAGGGAGGAUUAGCAUUUUGCCUUCCAUUCCAGCCCAUGGCCACACACGGGGAGAGUGACAGAGGGGAUCUUGUUCAGGGUUCUCUGGUUCUGACCUCUUCACUGAUUCUGUUUUCUCCAAGUCAAACCUUAUCCUACUCUCCAAAGCACCAGGACCAUUCAUCAGCCUAAUGGCACCAAUUCCAGCAGACUUGCCUUCUGAGGUGAGCAAGUAACAAAUUUCAAAACAAAUAAAUCAAACCUCAAGGAAAAUGAGAAAGAAAGAAGAAAAAAUGUUUCACAGUUUAUACCUGAGGAAUAGAAGUGGAAAUGACAGUAUGGGAUAGGAUGGACAGGCCUCUAUGCAUAUGCUCAGGAAAGUCAUAGUGGUGUCUUGUGCUAUCUCUAUUCUUAGAUAUUUGAGGAAUAUACAUACCAAUUUCUACAUCUGUGGCACCAGUUUGCAUUCCUGUCUGUAGAGAAAGAGAGUUACUGUUUUCCUACAUCCUUGCUAACAUUUGCGGCUUGUUUUCUUGGUGAUGAAAAUUUUUAUGGGGUAAGAUAGAAUAUCAAGGUAGUUUUCAUCUGCA